AUGUCACCGGCGCGCGUUGCUCGGCGACUUUUACCGAGCACAUCCAGGCGAUAUUAUAAAGGCGCGUCGCCGGCGCCGCGCGCGUUCAGUCGACGCCGCGCCACCGUACGGAGCGGACGCACUUGUGAUGCAAUAGACCGUAACGGACAAACCAUGGAGGGGCCGCCCCCCAACCGCGAGCAAGAGCCAGACGAGGGCAUCGCCACCGACCGCCGGCCCUCUAGCGACGACCACGCGGAUUUGUCCGACACCGCUUCGGAGACUGGCUCCGGCGGCGGCAAGGACUCCGGCUGCGAAGUCGCCCCGGACUCUCAGGAGCCGCCCUACACGCCGCCGGACGACGAGCUUGCGAACAGGAUCGUGGCCCAAGUGGAGUUCUACUUCAGCGACGCGAACAUCACUAAAGACGCGUUCCUGCUCAAGCACGUCCGCCGCAACAAGGAGGGCUACGUGUCCCUCAAGCUGAUAUCGAGCUUCAAGCGCGUGAAGCACCUGACCAAGGACUGGCGGGUGGUCGCCGAGGCGCUGAAGCGGUCCACCAAGUUGGAGAUCAAUGAGCCGGGGACGAAGCUGAGGCGCGUGGACCCGCUGCCGCCGUACGACGAGACCACGCCGUCCAGGACCGUGGUGGCGGUGAGGAUGCCGAUAGAGCGGCCCACGGUCGAGAACGUUUCGAGGCUGUUCGCCGGCUGCGGUGAGAUCGCCUUGGUGCGGGUGCUCAGGCCCGGCAACCCAGUGCCGGCGGACGUCCGCCAGUUCCUCAACAAAAACCCCAGCUUGGUGAACUGCGUUUGCGCCCUGGUCGAGUUCACGGAGUCCGAGGCGGCGAGGGGCGCGCUGCGCCUACAAAGCGACGACGAGGAGGGCAUGAGGGUGUACGAGCUUAACGGGGUGCCGCGCGAGGCGAAACGCAAGGCGCCCGUGCGCCGGCCAUCGAGAAGACCGGAGUACUGCGACUACUCGUCGUGCUGCAGCGGCUCCGACGCCGAGUACGACUACCGGUAUGCGAACCCGUUCUACCGGAGAAGCUCGAGCGGCUUCUUCCCGCGCUCGCCCGAGGUGCAGACGUGGCUGCCGCGGCGGCCGUCCACCUGCAGCCACAGCUCGGACUCGGGGGUGUCAUUCUGCGGGUCGCGGAGGGCGUCCCAAGCGAGCACCGGCAGCGAGGGCUGGCUGGCGAGGCGGCUGUCCGGCUGCUCCCUGUCCGGAACAGAGUGCGGUGGCGGCAGACGGCUGUCUUGCGCUCCCAGGUUCGAACCCCGCGUGCCCCUCGUACCGGACGGCACUAGGGGCUUCCACGCGGCGUCUAGACAGCGCCGCAUAUCGGACCUCGCGCUGUACUCGCGC